CUGAGGCCGACGGGCGGAGUUUUGUUCAAGCAGGCUCGUGAGUGCGAGCGGGUGUGGAGGGCGGCCAGUCCCCUACACUCCGGGUCCCACUCCGGGGUGUCGGCCCUCCGCCCCCUCGCUGUCCCCUGGCCGCCAUCGAGUUCGGACAACUGGAAGAGGGUCGAGAACCACGUGAAGAAACUGAACAGUAGGCCGCGCCUGGAAAUAGAUCCUGAAUGUUUAAGGUGGACGCCGUUACUGACGCCGACCAUCAAUCCCUUCAGAUCUCCAGAUGAGAAUUCAGCUGAUCAGGACACAGAAAACGAUGAAGGGGAAUUGAAAACAGAAAGUGAAAAAUACGGAAACGGAACCAGAAACGAUUCCUUCGAAAUCAAACGCUAA